AUGUUGCCAUUGGUAGCCGAGUGUCGAAACCGAUUGAUAGAUAAUUUGGACAAACUAUCAAAAACUGGAAAACCUAUAGAUAUGGUAAGCCUGAUGGGCACCUACACCAUGGAAGUGAUCUGUAACGUGGCAUUUGGUGUCAAUGUUGACGCCCUGUCCGCCGAUACUAACCCACUCAUCAUAACUGCCCGGAAAAUAUUAGCCCCGAAAGGAUUUAAUGUCCGCAUAUGGUUGGCUAUAUUUUUCCCAAAAAUAAAAAGAGGAGAUUUUUUGCAACAAAUGUUGGACUUAACGGGAGAUAAGGAUAAGCCUUUGGAUACGAGCCCUGACUAUAAGAGUGAGAAGUAUAGGGAAAUACAAGCACCGGAAGGGCCCUUACAAUGGAUGAGCUGAUGGCUCAGUGUAUACUGUUUUUUAUAGCCGGGUAUCAGACAACAACAUCAGCUUUGUCAUUUUGUCUCUAUAAUAUUGCUAAACAUCCGGUGGUUCAAGGGAAAUUGUACCAGGAGUGCAAAAAGUAUUGCGAUCAAUUU